AAAGAAAUGAUAAAUGAUUCAUUUAAUGAUUAUAAUCUAAAUGAAAUACCUAUUAUAUUGGACGAUGAGACAAUAAACACAGAAAGUAAUAAAGAAGAGAGUUUUCGUAAUAGCGAAAAAAAUAUUAUCGAUGAAAUCUUAAAUAAAGAGAACCUAGAACCAAAUGUGUCUAAAGAAGAAGAGAUAGGUGACAAAGAUUCACCAUUGAAAGAAUCACCAUCAGAGAAUCUUAACAUUGACAUACCGAUUACUAAGAAUUCUUUGACGACAGAAUGGAAGAGGCUACAGCAAAAUAAAGAUAAAUCUGCAUCAAUAAAACGUAUAAAACAUAAUACGAAUCUUGUUAAUGACAACGAAGACGAAAGAAGAGCAUUUAAGAAAAAUGCAAGAACAAGAGCUACUUGCAGCUGUUGCUGCAACAAAAACAGCUGA